AAAGAGAGAAGAAAAGAAAGAGAGAGAGAGAGAGAGAGAUUGAGAGAGAGGGUAGAAUGAGAAAAAGAGAUGAAAUGAAAAAGAGGGAUAUAUAGAAAGAUAGUAGAAACACUCAAAAGAUGAGGCAAGGGAAAGGAAAUGGAAGCUCUUGCUUGGAGGCGGAGUUCGAAAUACGUCACGAAGAAAUUCUCUCGAAGUCUUCGCCAUCAGACACGUUUUGACCUUCGUAUAGAAACAUUCAUACGUUCGUGGUUGAUCGACGAUCGUAUCUCGUAUCCAUUAAUUCCGGUCUAUAGAUCAGUUUCUUUGUUUAAUACCUGGCUUUUUUUAUUCUUUCGUUAACUUUUUUUCUGUUUUUUUUUUUAUUUUUAUUUUGCUGUGUGUGCGUGCGUGUGCGUGUGUAUAUGUGCGAAGGUGCACGCGUUUCUCUUUGUCCUGUCAUUAGAAACGUUUUUUAUUUUUAACGCAAUUGAUAAAUCUCAGUAACAUGCUGCCUUAUCAUCAUUCUCAUCAUUAUUAUUAUCAUCCUCAUCUUCAAACUCUUCCUCAUUCUCAUUCUCAUUUCUAUCAUCCUCGUCGUCAUCAUCAACAACAUCAUCGUUGUAUGAAUAAUAAAAAUAAUAAUAGUAAGAAUAAUAAUAAUAAAAAUAAUAAUAAUAACAAAGUCAACAACAAUCAUCACAUUCAAUCGAAUUAUCAAAAUCAACCAUCAAAUUGUAUGCUAUACGGAAAUCCAAAUGAAGUAUUUUCAGCAACAAAUCAAAUCUAUUCUUCAAUUUGGAGAACCGAUCAACAUCAAUUUCCUGGAUCUUAUAGGUUCGUAGAUGUAAUUAAUUAUAAGUCUGAUUGUCUACACGAAUAUAAAAUGGAAAAUGUUAAUCAGCAAAAACAACAACAACAACAACAACAACAACAACAAGAGCAACAGCAGCAACAAGAAAAACGAUAUAAUUAUAAAGAGAUUAAUCAUGAUCUAGCAUCGAUGAAAGAUUUUGUCGGCGAAAAUGUAAAAAAGAAAAACAAAAAGACAAGUAAUGUCGAGAAUUCGACGAAUGUCAAUACUUCCUCGACGAAGAAAGUUCGUAAAAUGAAUAUCUACGAAAAAAUGCAAAAUCAAAGAGUAAUAGCGAAUGUUAGAGAACGAAAGAGAACUCAAACUAUGAACAAAGGAUUUGCCGCUCUUAGAAAAGUCAUUCCUACAUUACCAAGCGACAAGCUCACCAGAAUUCAAAUCAUAAAACUUGCUACGCGAUAUAUAGAUUUUUUAUAUCAAGUUCUGCGUCGUAAUAUGAGAUAUAACGAGGAGGAAGAUGAAGAGAAUAAUCCAAAAAACGCAAUAAUAACAGCAAGAGAUAGAACAUCGUCCUCGUAUAGUUACACGACAUAUGAAAAAUUGGCUUACGAGUUUAGCGUUUGGCGUAUGGAAAAUGAUUUAAACAUAAAUACAUGAAUAAAAGUUGAAUGCAGAAGAACGUACGAAAAUAAUAAUGAAUUUGUUAUUAUGGUCAGUGUAUAUAUAUUAUAUAAAUAUUGUAUAAACAGGAUGAUUUAAACAUUGAAACUGGCCACAAGAUAUAUCGAUUUAUUAUUUCAAGCGUUGCAUUGUAAUAUAGAAAGUCCCUAGGAGAAAAAUAAUUUAAAAACAUUUGUCCAUACGUAAACGAUACGUGAAAUUAAAUUAACUUCGAUACUGGAUUCGAAAAAAUAAAGGAUCGAGGAGAGAAUAAUAAUAAGAAUCGAAAAUGGAUAAUACAAAAUCAAAAUGCUGGAUCUCACUUACCGAUUGAUGGAUAUAAUUGAAUAUAAUAUAUAAUAAAUAAUCGAUAAGCUGCAGGAAUACAAAAUGGAGAGUAUUAAUCAGCGCAACAAUAGUAAGAGCAACAGCAACAAAAACGACAACAACAAUUACAUAAUUGUAAACAGAUUGAUCAAAAUCCAGUAUCGUCGAUCAAAAAUUCUACUAGUCUAUAUCUACUAGUCUAUAUUAGAGAAUUCUGUAUUGGCAACUGUAAUGCAGAUAAUUGCAUAUCUGCAACUUGCAGAAAAAGUUUUUCGAGAGAUGAAUAUUAUACAUUGAUAAUUUUUAUACCAACUGUUGAUUCGGUAUUUCGUGUCUGAAACAAAAGAUUCAUAUAGUUGGAGCAAUUAAAAGUAAUACAAAAUUUAUUAAUAAUCAUAAUAUUUUUGAAGCUGAGUUAAAAAAGAAGAGAUGACAUCGAAAGAGAAUAAUAAUGAUAUCGUCUUAUUGGAAAAAAAAGGAUUCUUAAAAUUUAAGAUUUCUAUCUACGAAGCAUGCUUCAAUCAUGGUACCAAAUACAAUAAAUUAGACCUAAUAUUGAUGGUUCAUAUUUAAAAUAAAUAACAUUAUAUACAAUAUAAAAAGGUAUAGAAUAGAUCGUUUGGAUCGAUUACUCGGAUCAAUUAGUAUCGUAUGCGACGAUAAUUGGAAAAAGAGAUGAAAUGGUAUAAAAAAUUUGGUAUACUAUUUCUUCUCAGAAUUAGUAUGAUAAAAAUAAAACAAUUCAAGGAAUUAUGUAGCUUAGGAGUUAUAACAGAUUCUUACAAGUA